GGUCUAAAAUCCGUAAAAAUUCCUGAAUUUUUGGCUUGAAUUCCGUCACUUAUGUCUCUAAUAUGUUACCAAUGGACGACUUGCUACCGGAAGAUGAGGUCUUAGUUCAGAGAAAAGAUAGAUGGGAAGAUUUUUUCUUGCAACGUAAAGAUAUUGAAGAAGACGAAGAAGCUGAAGGUCUCGCAAUUGACGAAAUCUCCGACGUGCUCGAUAAAUCGCUGGAAAUCGAGUUGGAAGAAAAAGAAAAAGCUCCCGAAGCUGUAGAAGUUGUCGAAGAACCAAACGCUGCCUGCGAGGAAGAAAGCAAACGUUCGCUUACGAAAGCGCUCCAAGUUGCGAUCAAAGAACGCGAAGUCGAGUGGAAACAAAAAGGCCUGAAAUUCACCUUUAACAAGGUCGACGAGUGGCUAAAACAGAGCGAAACGCAAAAUCGUCGCGAAACUGUCGAUCCAAAGGGCGGACAUACCGUUGAAGAGUCAAAUCAGCGCGUCAUGCAAGUCAAACGAAAAUAUCGCGGAAGUGCCCAGAGCAAAGAUGCGUCAGAUUCGAACGACAUCACCGACGACGAAUCAGAUACAGAAGUUUCUGACGCCAGUUUCAGCAACAGUUCCGUCGAUACGGCAAAGUACAUUCGAGCAAAUCAAAAUAAACGGACAAAAGUAACGAAAAAGACGAUAAUCAAAAAGUACGUUGUCACGGAGCACGUUGAUCGACGACGUUCGAGUAUCUCCAAAUCGCACACAAAUCGUUUGAAGGCUGUUCCGGCUAUCACAGAAGGCACAAGCUCGAAUCAUGCGAAGAAAAAACGAAAAACGCGACACACUUUGAACCAACUUCGCAAACCGCCUCAAAAAUAUUCGAGUAGCAGUGACGAACCUCGUUCGGAAGAUGAAUCGCCGCAUUUGAAUCCGCCAAAAAAACCAUUUUUACCGAGUUUCUCCCUUGAUGAAAUACUAUUGAAGCCAGCAGAAAGUCCCGAAAUCAUCACGCCGCCGAAUAAAUCGCAAAAUUCAUCCAUUGAGGCAUCAAUUGAGGAAAUUCUAUUGAAACAGCCGAGAAUUGUUUUGAAGCCAAUUGCGAUAGAAGACUCGCCCAUUACGCGAAAAACGCCCAGAAAACUUCAGAGAACCAUAAGUUAUUCUUCCGAAUCAUCAAAUGCUUCUAAAAUGAACGAAACUGCAAAGUCAACGUACUCCCGAUACUCGAGCGUUUUCAACAUGAGUCGCAAAUCGUGGGCACAUUUGCCGAAAAAAUCCAUCCUCUAUACCCCAAGUGCUAAUACGUCGCAGGAUUCGACCGUUAAUAUCAGCAACGAGCAUUUUGAGCAAGUUUUUGGCGCGGAAACUGCUUCGGAAUUGCUUCAGGCGCAAAAAAUCACAAAAGAAGUCGAUGCCACAGCCACUGUAGUAUUCGAAAUUCCCGAUUCCGAGGACGAACUGAGCUGCGAAUCAUCCGACGUGGAUCCCAUGGAUUGUAAUAUGCUGCAAAAACCACGUCUAAAAAUCGUUCGAGAUGGUUAA